CUCUUGUUUUUGAUUUUUGUUCAAAGAAGGACCAAAUGUCCAACAUCAAGCUCUUCUCUGGCAACUCGCAUCCUGAUCUCGCCGCCCGCAUUGCCGCGCGCCUUGGUACCGAGCUCGGCGCCGUGACUGUCAAGAAGUUUGCCAACAACGAGACUGGUGUCGAAAUCAAAGAGUCUGUUCGCGAUGAGGACGUCUACAUUGUCCAGUCCGGCUCGGGCGACGUCAACGACAACCUGAUGGAGCUCCUCAUCAUGAUCAACGCGUGCAAGAUUGCGUCGGCUCGUCGCGUCACGGCGGUCAUCCCUUCCUUCCCAUACGCUCGCCAGGACAAGAAGGACAAGUCCCGCGCCCCAAUCUCUGCCAAGCUUGUUGCAAACAUGCUCACGGUCGCCGGUGCCGACCACAUCAUCACCAUGGACCUGCACGCAUCCCAAAUCCAGGGCUUCUUUGACGUCCCUGUCGACAACCUCUACGCCGAACCCGCUGUCAUCAAGUACAUUACCGAAAACAUUCCCCAGUGGCAGUCGUCCGUCAUUGUUUCGCCCGACGCCGGCGGUGCCAAACGCGUCACAUCCAUCGCCGAUCGCUUGAACACUGACUUUGCCCUGAUCCACAAGGAGCGCAAGAAGGCAAAUGAGGUCGCGUCAAUGGUGCUUGUUGGCGACGUCACUGGCAAGCCUGCCAUUCUUGUGGACGAUAUUGCCGACACCUGCGGCACCCUCGCCCUGGCUGCGCAAAAGCUCUUCGAGGCUGGCGCCACGUCCGUGUUUGCGAUUGUCACACACGGCAUCUUCUCUGGCAAGGCGCUCCAAAUCUUGAACGACUCGCGCUUGAAUGCCAUCAUUGUCACAAACACCAUCCCACACGAGGACAAGAAGCAAAUUUGCGAUCGCAUCAAGACAAUUGAUGUUGCCCCCAUCUUUGCAGAGGCUAUUCGACGAACCCACAACGGUGAAUCCGUGUCCUACCUGUUCAAGAAUGUGCCGCUCUAAGCGAAACGAAAGAACAACAACAAAUGAGAGCGAGGGGAAAAGGGGUCUAUUGGGGCCCGAAUUUGUUUGUGAUUGACUUGUUGCAGUAAAUGCUUCUCAAAACACAUGUAUAAAAAUGAACACCAAGCAUCGUGCUGACACUCCCCCCCCCUCAACGGUUUGAAACAUCAGCAUUAUCUCAACGUUUCGGA